AUGGGCAGGGACAACAGUAAACAAGAGAUCUCCGGGGAGCGCGCGUCUAAAAGCAAACGGUCAACUUUCAAGCAUUCGAGUUCACCUGGAGUUUAUUUCAACCAGCCUUCAAUUGACACCACGGGUGUGGGCGCUGAGGCUCAGAACUUUUCUGGGGUUAGAGAUGAUCAUGUUCUUCAAAAUAUUUCAUCGGUCAAGCCUGAACAGACCAACUCCGGACAGGCCAACUCCGAACAGACAAAUUCGGAACAGAGAAACUUCGAACAGACAAACCUCGGACAGACAAACCUCGGACAGACAAACUUCGGACAGACAUUCCCCGUGUCACGCCAGAGGUCAAGACGCCCCCAGCACCACCCGGCGCCCAGAAGAAACCGACGGACCAAACGUGUCAGGAGACGCUGGAGGACUGGCACCGACGACAACGGCGUGGUGCCAGGCGACAGAUCCGUCUACGACGACGACAUUUCCACGCCAUCUAGAGGACCACAGACUGUGUCCCUGAGGCUGGUCAUACACCUCAACUUCUACCGAGACUACGACAGGAUCGUCAGGAGCGCCAUCUUCUCAGAGACCAAUCAGCCCCAGUAUCGAGAGAUGCUCCGCUACCUCCUGCCCAGUGGGAAGAUGGUCCUGCUAGCUAACGAGAGGCCCAAGGAGAUCCUUAGGGCGUUCUGUGAGGAUAUCCUCAACUCUAACACGACAACCGUCUUCCACCUGGUCAACCCGUACUUCCACUCCAGAAGUCCAGCCAGUGGCCAGUACGUGUCCAACCUGCUGUCCACAUUGGAUAUGCCAGUCAUAACAUGGGGGCCAGAGUACAUCGUCACCACGGACAAGAAAGAGUCCGACAACCUCCAGCUGAACAUCUCGCCCACACUUCACCACCAAGCGAACGCCAUGUUGAGCGUGUUACGUCACUACAACUGGACCCACUUCACCGUGGUCUACACCCCCACCACCGGACACGACGCCUUCGUUACGGCCGUCCGCAUCCUGGUCAACGACAUCAACAGCAACAGCGGCAGAAACGGCUUCAAGUUUACCAUCAUCGAUGAGGUGGAGGUGUCCAACGCCACUGACCCCAAACGUCUGACCGACGACAUGAGGAUACUGACCAAAAGUGAAACCCGCAUCAUUCUCCUCUUCUGUUUCGAGUAA